CCCCUCAACCAUCACACCAGCGGUUUGAGCCGGCCACUUGGCGGAAGAGAGCCAAGGAGAGGGCCUAGACGUAGAGGGCGGUGUGUUGUGUGCGUCCUUCGCGGGUAGAUCAGGGAUUGCGCAGUACAGGCAGAGAGAGAGAGAGUUGAGGGUGUACGCAAACGUCACUCUCCUCUCCUCCUCUCUCUCUCCGCAUGAUGUCGGACAACCAGCAUCAUCAACGGCUCAGCGUGUGCCUCAUGCUGAUGCCGAUCCUGGUGCUCUCGUGCGGCUACCAGCGUGGUCCCGGGGACGCGGCCGCGUUCGUGGCACCCAGCUGUCUGCAGCGGCAGCGACUUCUGGGUAGGCGUGCAUGCUUGUCGAGAGGUGGCUGCCUGGGCAUCAGCCAGACCAGGUGA